AUGGUGGCUGCUAGACUGAAUCACAAGAUUUGUAGAAGAUUCUUUGGGCCAUUUCCGGUGAUAGAACACAUUGGUGCUGUAGCAUAUAAGCUAGGUCUGCCACCUGGAAGUCGCAUUCAUCCCACAUUCCACAUAUCCCUCCUGCGAGCUUACAAAGGAUCAGCUACUGACAAAUUUUACCCAUUUCCAAAAGAAAGUAUUGUCAACCGGCCUUUACUGCACCUAAUAGAUAUCUUGGCUGGACGCAUUUGCAAGCAACAAGGUCGUACUCACAAACAAGUUUUGGUACAGUGGUCUCAUAGCCAACCAGAGGAUGCUACUUGGGAGGAUUUAUCAUCAUUCGUCGAGCUUUAUGGCAUCCCUGACCUUGAGGACAAGGUCAAUUUCAAGGAGGGCAGUCGUGAUAGCUUAAGUCAUGAGGAAGUGCUGCUAGAUACGGGGCACAUUCAGCAGUUGGUGAAAGAUUGGGCUGAAACAGAAGUCAAUGAAGAGGAAACAACAAAUAAGCUUGAACCGCGACGUCUAACAAACCAGCAUGGACCCGCGACUUUAUCAUGA